CUGUAAAGCGUGAUGCUGAAUGGACACGGUUUGCUACUACUGAUAUCCAGUCACUUUUAUUCUGAAAACGAUAGGCCGGAAGUCAUAUUAGACUGGUGGAACUGUGGCAUAGAUCAGAUGCGCAGCACCUCCGGGGCUAACGUCCGCUAUGGCUGAGACCCACAGUUUACAAGACCUCCAGCAGCCAGCUGUUUCCUCCAAGGUGUUCAUCCAGAGAGACUACAGCUCAGGAACCAUCUGCAAGUUCCAGACCAAGUUCCCAUCUGAACUUGAAUCAAGGCUUGAUAAGCAGCAGUUUGAGGAAACCAUCCAGACUCUAAACAACCUGUAUGCAGAGGCAGAGAAACUAGGGGGAAAGGCGUAUUUGGAGGGUUGCUUGGCUUGUCUAACUGCCUAUACAAUCUUCCUGUGUAUGGAGACACAUUAUGAAAAGGUGUUAAAGAAGAUUGCCAAAUACAUUAAGGACCAGAAUGAGAAAGUUUAUGCUCCCAGGGGCUUGCUGUUGACUGACCCCAUAGAGAGAGGCCUCAGAGUUGUUGAAAUUACAAUUUUUGAAGAUAGAAGUAUUGGCUCUGGAAGAUAAGAAACUUGGGGCUGAUGACUCUGACCAGACAAUCUUCAUCUGUCUGGUGGCACAUAUUUAAACAUCUGCAUCACCUGAAUGGAUGUAUAUAAUUUUGAUUUGAUCCUUUUUUUUGUUAUUUAUAAGUACUCUGCUGUCUGCCUACCCUUAUGUGUUUGUAAAUGUGUUUUCAUGUCUUUUUAUACAUGCAGUGAUGUAUAAAUCAGGUUCUAGUUGAUCAAGACCAGUCAUUAUGAAUAGUGCCAUUGUGUUAAAUGCAACUUUCUUACCAUGUAUAAGUGAUUUGACUUGUGUAUUGUUUUGCAAAUAAUAUAAAGUCAAAUAAUGUGUGGUCGCCAAGAACUGUUAGAGAAACAGGUCAGGAUUGAACUUGGUUGUAGCCUUUGUUGAGGCAAAUGUGUUCUUAUCCAUGCAUCAGUGUGAUUUUGGGUGGGAAAUCAUGUUGUUUGAAAUGCAUAUUGGAAGAUCUGAACUGGAAUUUUUUGUGACUUCAAAAAUGGAGCACAUUUUCCCUUAUCACACAAUAAUGUGAUCUAGUACAUUUUGAGAAAUGUCCGUCUCUACCGUCUUAUAGUACAUCUGCACUAAAUAUCCCAAAUCAUGCUCAACUGUCCUUCUGUUUAUUACAAGAUUUACAAUCUGUAUUGCGAAUGUCAUCCCUUUUUUCACUAUUACCAAACACCACAGAAACCUUAAACACUCUAAGCUCCACAGAUGAUUACUGUUGUUUGUGUUUGAUACAACCAGUGUACCUUUCUUACAAAUACUGUUUUGUUUUAUCUAAAUAAAUAGCAGUUUUCUGAAA